UCGCACACAUGGAAAUAUCACAUGGACAUUGGAUUGGAUUUGACUAUACCAUGUCAAGUUAUGAGUUUAUGAGGUUGAGCAAGCAAAUAUCACUUUCCACGUGUCGUCUGGAGAUGCGCACAUAUCCCCACGCUGCAACUUAAUAAGCAUCCAAUUCCAAAUUUCCCAAAUUCCCCAAGAUCCAGACUCCAUUGAGUGAGUGUUGGAAAGUGUAAUAAAAUCAAUUCAAAUAUCAAUGGCCGAGAGCCUAAUGGUGGUGCCGUACUCCUCCUACAUCCCUGGUCCGCCUCCUCAUCCUCGACUGCAACAACAUCAUCAUCUGAAAUCCUUUCCCGCCUCCUCCUCUUCCUCCUCGUCAAUCCAACACAACACCAACACCAACGCUCUCACCGUCUCUUCCGCUGGCCAAGGCCAAUGCUUAUUGUUCAACUUUUACCAUCCCAUUCCUUUGCGUUUGCGGCGCCACUCAACUCUCAGCGCUCUUGACUCCGACGUCCCUCACCCUCUUCACCAGGGAUCAGUGAAAUCCACGAGCAGCAAAACUGGUUUCGAGCAAUGGAAUUCGUGGACAGCAAAGUUCUCGGGCGCAUCAAAUAUCCCAUUUCUCUUACUGCAAAUGCCUCAAAUCUACCUCAAUGCCCAAAAUCUUCUGGCAGGAAAUAAAGCUGCCCUUUUGGCAGUCCCAUGGAUGGGAAUGUUUACUGGUUUGCUUGGAAACCUUUCCCUGCUUUCAUAUUUUGCAAAGAAGAGGGAGAAUGAGGCCAUUGUGGUGCAGACACUGGGUGUAAUUUCCUUAUAUGUGGUUUUUGCUCAGCUUUCGAUGGCAGAUGCAAUGCCUCUACCUUACUUUGUCAUUACGUCCACUGUUGUCGCAACUGGUCUUGUUUUGAAUUUCUUGAAUUACUUUGGUUGGCUUAAUGCUGGACUCUGGCGCUUCUGGGAGGACUUUAUUACUGUUGGUGGGCUAUCGGUUCUUCCCCAAAUUAUGUGGUCUACGUUUGUUCCACAUAUACCCAACAGUAUUUUGCCUGGGGCAUUGGCUUUUGUUGUAGCUGUGGUGGCAAUUGUUAUGGCUCGGAUGGGAAAACUCUCUGAAGGUGGCAUAAAAUUUGUUGGAGGAAUAUCUGGAUGGACAGCUACACUUCUCUUCAUGUGGAUGCCAGUUUCACAAAUGUGGACAAAUUUCCUAAAUCCUGACAACAUCAAAGGUUUAUCAGCUUCCUCGAUGUUGCUUGCAAUGAUUGGAAAUGGGCUUAUGAUCCCACGUGCACUUUUUAUUCGUGACUUGAUGUGGUUCACUGGUUCUACUUGGGCUUCUUUCUUUUAUGGAUAUGGGAAUAUCGUGUGCUUGUAUUGGUUCAACAGUAUCAGCAAGGAAUUUUUCUUAGCAGCUACAACUGGUUUGUUUUUGUGGAUAGGAAUGGCUCUAUGGGGAGACGCUGUUGUCAGCGGAUAUGGCUCACCUUUCACAUCUUUGAAAGAGUUGGUUUCUGGAUCGUAACUUAAAAAUCCAAUCGAGGUGAUAAUGUCAAGAAGCCCAAAAUAUCUGCAGUUGGCAAGAUUUCUCGUAAUGGAAUAAGUCAUGUGGUAGAAUAUCUUAUGAUAAAAUAUGUAAUCUAAUUCCAAUUUAAUUAAUAUACACAGAAACUCUUGGUCACCGUC